AUGGGGAUCCGAAGCUUGUUGUCUUCAUCCGUGAUGGUUGGAGCCAAGAAGAUCAUGAAGGGGAAACGCCGCAACCAGCAGCAGAAGCACCAUUGCCAACACAUGACCUUUCCAUCGGCAGCCGCCGCGGUGCCGAAAGGGCACAUUGCAGUUUACUUAUUGGGCGAUGAUCAAAGAAAGGAGGAGACUCCGAUGAAGAGGUUCGUGCUGCCGAUUUCGUAUGUGAACCAUCCGAUGUUCGGGGAGUUGCUGGAUAUGGCGGAAGCAGAGUUUGGGUUCCAUCACUCCAUGGGAGCUCUGACUCUGCCUUGCGAUGAAGAUUCCUUCCUCCAUCUCAUCUCUUCCCCUGCAUUUUGA